AUGAACCUGAAGAAAAGCAAAUUCUGGCCCCCAUUUUACAUCACGCCCAGGCACCCAGGACAUUGGCCCUUGAGCGAGCAUGUUACCACACGGAUUUGUCGGUAUGCAGGCAGACAGGCCAGUGCUAUGCUCUAUAUUGCUCUGUACAAGAACAGAGUAGGCGGCAAAGAUGCAAACACAGCCCUGCGAGCUGUGUAUUACGAACCAUUCACGUACUGGGACUGGCAUGGGGUGGAUGCUGAAGAUGAAAGCGCCUCCAAACACAAGAAACAGCUUGUUUGGGAGCGUCAACGAGGCUUCACAGCUGCCAAAGGUGAAAAGGCUGGAUACCCGUAUCCUCAAGAAGCAUGGCAACGAUUCCGACACCUAAUCGAUAACCAUGCAGAGAGACGCCAUUGGGUUGCAAAGAUGGCAGUGGCGCAUUGGAUGAAUAUAGAGGAUCUGACGUGGAUAUUCCGAAAUCUGCCGUCGCUUGAAGCCCUGGACUUGAGCGACAUUGCACUUUUCACAGUCCAGCCAUACAAGGGCUAUGCAAAUGAGCCUCCGUUAACUAUGACUGACACAUGGGCAUACUUUUUUCUUCGUAUACCCAGCGUGUGUCCUGUAAGAGAGACGGCGCCUAAACUGAAAUGGCUUGGUAUUCCAGAUUUCCGAGAUGUUUCACUUGUCGCUCCACGGAUCCUGCUCGAUAAUUUCCUACCGCUUUGUACGAAUCUCCAAACGCUAUCUAUCCGCGGAAAAUACCGGGAAGAAAUCCCACCACCGAGCCUUAGUGGACACGAAUACGUCUGUGAUUUCAUCAGGGGCAUCAAGAUACGUACACCGUCCAGCGUCACGGCUCUUGAACUCCGGCUUUCGAUUCCUUUCUUACAUCAGCUACUAGUCGCUCUACAUGCAGAGGACAGGCUGAACAUAGAUCAGAUAGGUCUCGAUCUUGGAGCCUGGGCUCAGACAUACCCUCUCAGAAAUACUUCCACGGAAAUAUCAGACAAUGAUGUCAUAUCGGCAGCUUCGAAGGCAGCUUCGAAGGCUCGUUUUGAUAUUUACAAACAACAACACAACAAGCUCCUAUCUGCAUCAUCGAGAUGGCUUUUACCAGCGCCAGAAGACAUUCCUUACACGUCAGAUGUUUCGAGUUCUUCUGGAAGUCCCGCAUUCGAGAGGCUCGACGCAAGGCCUACAUUUCAGAACGAACCAUAUAAAGCGAAGGGAGGGUCAGAUAUCCGCAAUUACACGUGUGAUCGAAGCAAGCUCGAAAGCCGGAAGAAAUGUGGAAACAAAGACGAGAACCACCACAAAGAACUACUCGGUAGCCUUGAAAGGACACAUGUAAAUUCUUUGCCAUCCAUGUUGGUGAAGCUGCAUGACGCGGGUCGAAUUGCUGCAUCUCAGGACUACAGUCUAUAUUCACUGAACCCUGAAUGGCAGGUCAAUAGCACGAUUCCCCUACAUCCCUUCACCAUGAUCCAGAAGUACCAACCUGUCCCUACACUAUCUAUGGACCAGGGUCGGGACUACAAACAGCUGACAACAGAUCGACUCAAAGAAGCAUACACUUGGUUGAACGCGACUUUUGCAUGGCGGCCAAUCUUCGACUGGGACUACUUUGUAAGUUCCGGUAUGGAAAGUGCGAAGGAAAACCUGGACGUUGCAUUCUCCAGCUUGGAACAACAAUACAAACUUGGCAACACAACUAGGAGUACGAAUGAGGUACUCUUAGGUGAGGUUUCUAGGCAAUUACAGAUCAUGCGAGACGCCGGCAUACCAAUCCAUCUUCUCAUGGGCCGUCGCAACCCUGAUGAGUCCAGCCUGUACUGGGGCUGGCCUUACAACUCAGAUGCAUGGGAGAAAUCGCUUCAAGCGCCGCCCGAUGCUGGUUUGGGAACAAUAGCAGCUCACAUCGAUACCUUGAGUAUUUUCUACGACCUACGCAAUCCUCUGGACGAGCGGCGAUUGGAAGAGAUUGAUAAAAGGCAACCGUAUCGACGACCCGAAGCAUAUUGUCCUCGCCCAAACGGCCCUUGGCACCUUACUAAGAAUAGCCCAUUCAAGAAGCAAUGGCAAGAUCGGCCAUCGCGAUUAUCGAAGCGCAAUACCCAGAAGACGGCGAACAAAAAGAUUAUCGGAAAGAAAACUCGCGUCCCGCUGGCCAACAACCUCGACUCAUGUCCUCCGGCCGGGGAGUUCGCUGAUGAACACUUUUACGAUGACCCCGAGACGGACAGAUCCAUACCAGAGACCUUGCACCAGGUCGCCCGUCGUGCUGCAUUUGAGCGAGAAGCCGUUGGUUGGCACCGAUUCUGGACCGAAUAUGCACCUCAAAUGACGAACUUGAAGGAACUACGGUUGCGAAUGCCUCAGAACUUCGAUAGUGUGGGUAGUUGGAGUCUCCGCCAACUUCUGAACCCAAAAGAGACCUGGGUAAUGUUUGGUUAUGCGGACGAGCGGGGCCAUAUGCAGACACAAGAAGAUCUCCUGCAUCACGUCGCGGGUGACUUCAAGCUGCACAUGCAUGCAGCACAAGAAAAAAUAUGGCCUGGCGGCCGCUUUGUACGACGCAGUUGGAUUCUAUGGACACCUGAGCCUACAGGCACUGCUGAACUUGCUUUGCAUAGAGGUACAAAUGAGGCGAGAUGUCCAACAUCGCAUCCAUCUUCGAGCAACAAAACUACUGACCUAUACAAAACACACAAGCUGGCAGGAGAUAAGCGCGAAAAAGAACAGCUUCAAAAGGCCAUCAAGCAAGCACGAGAAACAGCGCGAAAAGAAGAAGAACUUGAGGCUUCACUUCUACUCUCCUCAUCAGAAGAUCUUGUUAGAGAUCCUCCAGCAGUGACACCGAGGCCAGAAGACAUUGAAAGAAGGCUGACAGGAAUCUACGGUCGCCACAUUCGUGGUGUUGCCCAGAGAACCUGGCGCGCUGAAAUGCGAGGUCACGCCGAACAGCUGAAUGAGGAUGUGUACGGAAGAGACGAAACUGUUCAUAGUCUUCGUCGAGUGGGCGCCGUAUCACAAGUCGAAGACGCUACGAUUGCACGAGACAUACUGCGGGAUACUCGAGAUCUUCUGCUAAAACGCAUGCAUGACUUCCGUCCAGAAGACAUCUUUGUACCAUGUGAUCGCACAGAACAUACGAACGGCUUGAAGCUUGUGAAGCACAUGACCGACUAUGCUGCCGAAGAGCGUAAACGGCGAGGAGAGCCAGUGCAAGAGGACGCACAUCGGACAGAGAAGCCGACUUCGAAAUUUGCGUCUACAAACACGAGACCUGGUGCCCUUCCACACGGUACACAGCAGUCGCAGACAAGUCCUGUUGAGAACAGCUCAGAAAAAUCUAGUUCGGAAUCCACGAGCUCGGAUGAGGACGAUCCUCGGCCGACGAGAUUCACUCCUGCAAUGCAAACUAAACGGAUCACAGCAACUCAGACUAUCACAGCUCAGCAGGGCUUCGAAGCUAUCUAUACAACGCGAAAGCUCAAGCUAACUCAGCAGUCAGCCAGUGAUAUUGCUACUGGGCAAAAUGAGAGAAUUCCCAAGUUUGAGAGGAAACCCAACAAGGGAUCGAGUGAGAGCGAUCAAGCCGCACACCAGACAUCUGAACACGUUGGCUUCGCACAGAGCACAGUAAAAGGAAGGACUACAGAAGAAAAAGGAAGGCCUGAAGAGCAAGCUACUGAAAAGAAGAGGCUCAUUGAAGUGAAAAAAGCUGCCAUCGCAACAGCAGAGGCGGAGAAGGAGGCCAGGAUUGCUGCUGAGAAUAAGGUUGUCCAAGAAAAGAAGAAGAGAGAUGAAGCAAAGAGUCAGAAUGCUGAAAUCAGGAGGCAGGUAGAAGAGGUUGGAGCGGCUGCUAAGAACAUAGCCGCUGACGAGAAGGCCACGAAAGAAGAAGCCAAACAGAAGGCAGAACAUGUGAAGAAACAAGCUGCUGCGGAAAAGAAAGAACUAAUGAAGCAGGCGGAUGCAGAGAGGAAGAAGGUGAAAGAUGCCAUAGCUGCCGAGAAGAAGAGAACCGUUGACAAUGAGGCUGCGAGAAAGGAAGCUGAACAAAAAGCUGCCGAUGAGAUCGCAGAAACUACCGAGAUAGCAGCUGUCAAAGCUAAAGAAGCUGCAGCGACUAUCAAGGCCGCCAAAAACGAAGAGACUCCUGAUAUCGUCCCAACGAUCGAAGGAAUUCUUCCAGGCAAGCUGACUGAGAAACCGACCAAGUCGCAGAAGACUCCCAAGGAAAAAUCACCAAAGAUUCUGGAAGGUACUAAACGUAAACAGCCUUCUCCUGAUCAAUUUGACGAUGACACUGUCGAUGAAAGAAAACCUGUCAAGAAACCUCGUCCUAACAAAGGAGCAUCAACAACGUCCACACCUAUUAGACGUAGCGCGCGACUUCGCACACAGACACCAACGAAAACACCUACACCGCAAUUUGAGUUCCCAUCGGAUGUUAGUGUCACCGAGAACAGUGAACAUGCUAUUGAGGACGAUGAUAAGAGAAAGAAAGGCAAGAAGGGGAAGAAGGAUGUAGAUGACUAUAAGCCACAUGGUAGUACGAAGAAGAGGACUUCGACGAAGGUUGCAAAGGCAGCACGGGAGAAAGCGAUGGGUAGCAAAGCAGUAACGCUGGCUAAGGGGAGAAAGAGAGGUGCUGAUGAAGAAGAGGAAGAAAUCGAGGAGAUUGUGAAAAAGAAGCCGAUCCAGAAGUCGCUCAAGACGCCAGCCAAAAAGAAGUCAGUCUUGAAUAUCUCUCAUUAUCUCGCAAUUAGUCGGACAGCGUUGCAAUCAUUAGUGAAGGCUCACGCACACACAUCAUUUGAUCCCAGCCACUUGCGACUACUAGUAUCAAACAUGAACGCAACGAUGGCAGCUACACAACCGCUUCUCGACUGGAUCGCAGCACAUCCCUACCAAACAGUGUUCCACGUCGUCAACGGUGUCGUACUUCUUACGCCUGCAGCCGCUACUGUACCUUUCUUCAACGCGCUUGGAUUAAGUGCGGGCGGGCCCGUCGCGGGCUCAGCAGCAACUUCCAUCAUGAGCUUCUUCGGCUAUGUACCCGCCGGUGGCAUCUACGCGACGGCUCAAAGUGCAGCGAUGGGCGGAUAUGGCGCGAGUAUUGCCGCCGGAGCAGCACAGGCAGGUGCGAUGAUGAGUUCUGGAGCUGCAUGGCUUCAACAUACAGAAAUGGAGCCAGCAACCUCCCCACCAGCAGCAGAUAUCGCAAAACCACUAUCCAAUUUCCAAAAGAUAGGCCACAACACAUACCUCUGGACCUCGCCGCCAUACUUGACUCAGCCUGAAGAUCAAACACCACUCAUCCUCCUCUUCGCCUGGAACGCCGCGGCUGCAAAGCACAUUGCCAAAUAUACAGUCACCUACCAAGAGUUUUUCCCGACAUCCCGCAUCUUACUAGUACGAUGCUUCACUCAAGACAUGUUCCGCAGCGCCUCUUCCUAUAGCUCUUUACUCCAGCCAGCAAUAGAGCUUGUAGCCGAACACAUCACUGCAGGAGACGAAGUCCUCGUCCACAGCUUUUCAAACGGCGGCGGAAAUCAAGUCAAUGAGUUUGCGAAGGCUUGGAAGAAGAAGUAUGGUACAGUACUGCCGAUGCGAGCACAGAUUCUCGAUUCUAGUCCGACAAAAGGUCCGUGGAUGAAGAGCCACGCAGCGAUAUCUGCGUCUCUUCCCAAAAGUAUGUUUUGGGUUUGGUUUGGUGGGGCACUGGUACAUCUCUUGCUUGUUUGUACAUUCAUUGCCGAUAAGUUGAUGGGAAGGGAGCAUAAAAUGGUGGUUUUGUGUCGGCAGCUGAAUGACGAGUCGGUGUUUGAUACGAAGGUGCCACGUGUGUAUCUAUAUAGCAAGGCGGAUCAGAUGGUGGGUUUCGAGGAGGCAGAAGAACAUGCUGAUAUCGCCAAGGCAAAGGGGUGGGAUGUGACAAAGGUUCAGUUUGAGAAGAGUCCGCAUUGUGGGCACAUAAGAGAGGACCAAAGAAAAUAUUGGACGGCGGUUGUUGUAGCUUGGACGAAGGGGCCAAGGGACAAGUAG